GCCCUUUAUCCGCAAUUAGUCCUUUGCGAGAAACAAUAGUGAGCUCCUUAAAAAUUAACAAACCCACUACAGCCUCAUCGGACAUAUGCACAACCGUCGACGACCCCCUACUGGAACGGACAGCGGCCACCGGAGGGAACGCCGACAUAGGCAAUAACGUGGGUAUUCCCAGGGAAAUAAAACUCCGAGGAUGGAACGCCGAUAGUGACAAACACAGAGCUCGAUUAAUAUUUUACCUAUUGGUCGGCGCCAAUGCAGUCAAAAUCCCGCUUUAAAACUUAAAAGCUUACGAUUUUACCUUUUUAGGUCACCAAAACGUUUCUACGUAUAAUCAUUAUUUUCCUUUACAAAUGUAGUCAAAAUAUACGUUUUAAAACUUAAAAGCUUACCGUUUUACGCUUCUAGGUCACCCAACUGCUUUUAGGUAGAAUCGCGCUUUUGACUACAUUGGUCGGCGCCCUCUGAUCAACGGUAGUCCUUUUGAGAAAUUUGCUCGCCAAUCCCCUGUUAUUGAGAAGCACCGCCAGGAAUACUGAUCAGUAGAGGAGGGCGAGGUUAAGCCAGCAGUAUAUGGGCAUACAGUAAAAUAAUCAGAAACUGACUUAUUCAGGCCUAAUCUGUUGCUGCUACCGGGUAAAACACCGUUGCUGAUGAUCUCGGCCUCUCCCGCACUAGUCACCACGUAAUUUGAGACCCACCCCUGAUUACCUGCACGACUAGGAGCAAAGACGCUCAUUAUCAGCAUCGGUCUCCUAUUAGACUUAGUUAAAUUCGACUGAAGAUAUGUAGAUAGCAUACAUCUCUUACCUGUUUUUAGUUUGGAAGGCCAAUGCUCAGCUGCUCCGCCCAAUUCUCUGCGAUGAUAUCCUAUGAGAAUAGUUGUGAGGGAGCAUCAGGUUUUAUAUAUCAUAGAGUCCCACAACAAGGGAUUCUGGCACGACCCGGAACGGAUAAUCCCGUAUCAAGGAAAUCCCCAGGGAGCGGCUUCCCCUGUUGCCGCCGAAAAAACAAGGACGUAUCCCCUGUGAUCUCAGAUUUGUGCAAUUGGAGAGAGAAAUGGAGUAUCCCUUCCGUCCUCAUCCUGGAUUCCUCCAUCAACGUCGUCCCCCAUGCUAGGCGGCGGCUGGCCGACCACCCAUCUCGAGAGGAUUCGUCAAAAUUCUCGGUCGGACUGUCGUCUGCCCUGUUUCUGGCGCCCUUGAAUCUGGCUGGGGGUGAUCUGACGGAUGAACCGCCUUUAGGGAAAUCCCACACCUAGGGAUUUGAAGCAUCAAUCAUUAAAACUUUUCGCCUGCCCAUAUAAUCUGGAAAGGAUAGUAGUCCAUUCCCAAUCCUCUGCCUUCCUCUCCGGCAAUUUCGGUCGGAUUAGCAACGACGGGCGAGUUUUUCUAGUAGCACGUCUACUGUCUGACUCCCAACAAGAUGUAGCGGUCAAGUCUAUCUCCUGACCCGCGGUCUCCAUGUUCAUCUCCUUCGAUAGGGGUAUGAUGAAUCACUAGCCUACCUCAUUCUCUAUUUUGCAUCUUUUCAGCGAGAAACCCCUGCUCUUUUCCACCCCCAAAUGUUCACAAAGAGCCUCAACGGAAUCAAAACUCCACAUCUGCACCCCGACAGAUCGUUUUUGUUUUCGAUUACUCCUCAGGGGUUGUUGAGGGAGCACAUCAAUGGGCGACGACAGAAAGUCAGAGUCGGGAUUCCAAACCAAAAUAACGCCCUUUGCCCAUCUCCACCACGUCAAGGAAUGCCAGCCGGGAAAGAAAUCCUCCACACAGUCGCCGAUGAUUUUUCCGGCUAGGAGUAUGGUACUCUUCCAACAAAACUAAAAGCCCCGCCAGAGAGUCCAAAGGAGCUCCCUAAAGAGCAUUUUUUUAUUCAAGAAAUUGAAGUUGAUGAC